GCACAGUGUCAGUGCUUUUUACUAGCACUGAUCACUGUAUUGGUGUCACUGGGGAUGUCAGUGACACCAAGGAACUGACUUGGUGUCACUGACAUCCCCAGUGACACCAAUACAGUGAUCAGUGCUAGUAAAAAGCACUGACACUGUGCUAAUGGCACUGGGAAGGAAGGGGUUAACAUGUGUGCUGUGUGUGUUUCACUGUCAGCACACUGCUUUGUUUGGCUAUGCUAUGCAGAGCCAUACAAAGCAGUGUGCAGGAGCUGACGGGAGAGAUCUGUGUUGUUUAUACACAGGUCUCUGC